UUGAAUUUCAACAGUUUUAAAGGAUUUUUAAAACGACGCUAGUUAAUGCUGGUCACGUGAUUAACCCUUUACACAGGACGUGGCGAAGUUGGUGCUACGUAGAAAUUCUUGUCGGCUUCCUUUUACAACAAAAUUUCUUUAGAAGUUGGGCGAUCUGACAAUUUCCACAUUGCAGACGCCAAAAAUUAAUCAUGGGGAUAAAGUUUUUGGAGUUUGUAAAACCGUUUUGUGCGGUUUUACCUGAAGUAUCAAAACCAGACAGAAAGAUCCAGUUUCGAGAGAAGAUAUUAUGGACAGCUAUCACAUUAUUUAUCUUUUUAGUUUGUUGUCAGAUUCCAUUAUUUGGUAUCAUGUCCUCAGAUUCAGCGGAUCCUUUCUACUGGAUUCGUGUUAUUCUGGCCAGUAACAGAGGUACCUUAAUGGAGUUGGGUAUUUCACCUAUCGUUACCUCUGGUUUAAUUAUGCAACUGUUAGCUGGUGCUAAGAUUAUUGAAGUAGGUGACACACCAAAAGACAGAGCUCUUUUUAAUGGUGCUCAAAAAUUAUUUGGUAUGGUUAUCACUGUGGGUCAAGCUAUAGUUUAUGUUAUGACCGGUAUGUAUGGUGAUCCAGCUGAUAUCGGAGCCGGUGUUUGCUUACUUAUUAUUAUUCAGUUAUUUGUAGCAGGUUUAAUAGUGUUGUUAUUAGACGAAUUGUUACAGAAAGGUUAUGGUUUAGGUUCUGGUAUUUCAUUGUUUAUUACCACCAAUAUCUGUGAGACUAUUGUAUGGAAAGCUUUCAGUCCUGCCACUGUCAACACUGGUAGAGGAACUGAGUUUGAAGGAGCUAUUAUUGCUCUCUUCCAUCUUCUGGCCACCAGAUCAGAUAAAGUACGAGGUUUACGUGAAGCUUUCUACAGACAGAAUUUACCCAAUUUGAUGAAUUUAACUGCCACUAUUUUCGUGUUUGGUAUAGUCAUUUACUUCCAGGGAUUCCGAGUGGAUCUACCAAUCAAGUCUGCACGUUAUCGAGGUCAAUUCACAUCGUAUCCAAUCAAAUUAUUCUACACCUCUAAUAUUCCCAUCAUCCUUCAGUCUGCUUUGGUGUCUAAUUUAUACGUCAUAUCUCAGAUGUUAGCCACGAAGUUUGGUGGAAAUUUCUUCGUCAAUUUACUCGGUGUCUGGGCUGACGUUGGGGGUGGAGGACCUGCCCGAUCUUACCCUGUCAGUGGGUUGUGUUACUAUAUGUCUCCACCAGAAACACUCUCCCAUGUAGCAGAAGAUCCUAUACAUGCUGUUCUAUACAUUGCCUUUAUGUUAGGAUCAUGUGCUUUCUUCUCCAAGACCUGGAUUGAUGUAUCGGGUUCCAGUGCUAAAGAUGUUGCUAAACAACUUAAAGAACAGCAGAUGGUAAUGAGAGGACAUCGUGAUCGUUCUAUGAUUAAAGAAUUAAACCGUUAUAUUCCAACUGCUGCAGCUUUCGGUGGUCUCUGUAUCGGAGCUCUCUCUGUCAUGGCUGACUUUAUGGGUGCUAUCGGUAGUGGAACUGGUAUUUUAUUAGCUGUAACCAAUAUUUAUCAAUAUUUUGAAAUUUUCGUUAAAGAACAGGGUGAAAUGGGUGGCAUGGGAAUGUUAUUAUUUUAGUUUUACUGAACUUACCUCGUCCAACAUCAUAUUUCAUCAAUCUUUCGCCAGUCAUUUAUACAAUUUGUUUAGGAAUGCAUAUUCAUUAAGACUCAGAAUUGUUUUGAUUGGUUGCCUACACUGAACAUAUUUCUCAAAAAACUUUUGACGCGUUUAUUGUUGACAUAAAUAUAACUAGAUCGUAUAAAUUUAAUUAAGAUUCAAAACCUUCAUUCAGUGUAGUUUAAACCAUUAUUGUUAGUGUUUGUUUUUGAUCGGAUGAUUUAAGUCAUGUGACAACGAACUUACGUUGCAAGAAUGCAGAAAGUGAAAGUAAAAACUGCAAAAAAAAAAAGAGUUAAAUUGUAUAUAAUGAAACUGCAUUUUUUCAAAACAUUUUGCUCAUGACAUGCAACUGUACAUUAUAGAUUAUAUGGCGUCAUUAAAUGGAGUUACUCCCCUUAAGAUUUGUUCAAAGGUGUACAUGUGCAUAAUUGCCCUGCGUUCCGAUGUCUGUUUUUCAAAACAAUAUUCACAAAAUGUUUGUCGCGCCUUGAGUCACUUUACAUUACAAAGUGACUCUUUCAGUAGACAGAACUGUAAUAAGGCUUCGAAACUUUUUGAACACAGGGUCAUUUGUGAUUCGUGUUAAUGAUAGAUUAGAUAUAGUUGUAAAUUUUAUUUAUUUCUUAGUCAGGGGAGGAUACUCUACUAUUUCAGCAGAAAUGAAGCUUGAUUUUCCAAUGCUUUUGAUAGAAUGUAUGGGUGACGGCAAAAACGAAAAAAAAAAAAUAGCUUUAAUUGAAAAGAUAAUUUUGCUAAAAAUUUCCACGAUCAUUUCAUUUUUUUUUUUCCUUGUUCAUUGUAACUUAAACUUUUUCUGUGAAAAUUUUAUGUUAAUAGCCUAGAAAACCCUAUUUUGAUUGGUCAAUAUUAAAUCGUUACUACUUUUUCAUUGGCCAAUAUAUUUGAUACAGCAUUUCAAACCAUUUCAAGGUUGAUCUACACGCUAGUCUUGCAUUUCAUCUAUUCAAAAUAUUUUUAAGGAAAGACUUAAAAUGCCUUUCUCAGUCAGUUUCCCACCAAUACACUGUAAGAUAUUAAAGGAUGAAAUUAAGGGCUUGGUGCAGGGAAUAGGGACCGAAACAAAGAUGGGAAACUGAAAACUUGAGCUACUUAGUAUCAAGAAUUGUGUUGAAAUAAAUUGGGAAAAAUGACAUUAAUAUCGGCAAAUUUUAAAGGCUGAACACGGCUUUGUGACCUUGAGAAAUACAGAUUUGUAGUAUUCUUCUUACAAGGUAUUGAACCACCCUGGUGACAUGUGAUACCGGUAUAUCACCCACCCUAAGACCCUAACAGUGCCCUACUCCCCAGCCCUUACCCACUCAAGGCUAUCAGAAAUUUAUUUGUAUGUUUAAGACCAGACUGAAGUCAUUCUGUUGUAUGUAUGUGAAAUCAAAUUUAAAAAUAAAAGAAUAAAAAUUAUUUAUAAAACUU